UGCUUUCUCUCCCGAGCGUGUGCACGCUCGCAUACACGCCAUUCUGUUAACCAAGCGCUACUGCCUGUCAAUGCGGGUCUGCUUUGGUGUACCGCGCUCACGGCCGUUUGUUUGUUAUUUAAUGCCUUUAGAGAAACACGUUCGUACAUUAGUGCGCGGACGUAACAAUGCUUUGCUGUCGUUUGUUGGCCAAAACACACAAAAUCAAAUAAAAAGCACUUCAAACUGAUACAAACAAAUAAAUCAACAAAUGUAAUAAUUUUGAAAUCAAAGAAAGAAGAGUGAAUAAAAAAUUGUGAAAAGCAUAAGUUAAUUAUUUUAUACGGUUUCAAAAACGUUCAGUUACUGCGCUUAUCAGUGAGAAAAAAUAAUAAUAAAAUAGCGUGUGUUCGUGUGUUUUUGACUUUGUGCUUUUACAUUUUCGGCAUGAAAACAGAAAUGUGUUUUACGCGUAAUUUAACUAAAAAUAUGAGUUUUCGAUUUGUGUCUUUUGGCUGACGUUUGCGGUUAUUCUACGGUUUUGUUUACUGUUUUAUUUUGUGUGUAUGUAUGUACAUAUGAACCCACGCUCAUCAUUAAAAUUCUUAAACAUUUUGUGUCGCGCGUGCUUUGGAGGAAAAGAGAGUUAAUAUAAACAGAGUUCAAAAAUAUAUCUGUAAAUUAUGUGACGCGUGUGUGUUAUGGCGCGAAUUGAAAAAUAUGCAAACUUGACACAUAUCAACGAUUUUUAUGAAGAAUCUAUGAAAGCAUCCAUUUUAAUGAACUAAUGAAGUCAUAACUACACUUAUAGAAAAGUGCGUCAGCGUAUAUAUUUACAUAUAAGUCAAUACUUAUAAUGUUUACAGCAGAAAGCAAAUACAGAUUUCAAGCAUCUUAAAACUUUAACCUCACUUUCAUAAUAAAAAUCACAAAUUAACCAAGGAUGCGAAUGCAGCUGGUCCCUCAAGUAGACUCUAGUUCCAAGCAAUAAUAAGGCGAGAAUUGCAACGCCAACGAACUCAGUAGACAAAAAUAUCAAAAAUAAAAAAACACCGAAUAAAAAAACCUCGACAAUAAACUCGUGUUAUGUACAAAAAAGGGGCAACCCGACUAUAAGAAAAACAAAAGCUCUUUUGCCAUUCUAUGCAAAUUACGCUUCGCACCAGUCUCGUCAUACACCCACACAUACGUACCCACCACACACCUACACACACACACACAUGCAAGCCUGGCGUACUUGGGACCGCGGAGAGGAAUGUUGUGUGAAAAAGUGUAAAUGUCACGACGUUUAUUUAUUGUCUGCGAUAACCACAAACGCCGAAACACGAACAACAACGACAACAAGUUGGUCUAAUAAAAAGUAAGCAGCAUUUAGACUUUUUUGCAGCCACCUUUACGUAAGUGUGUGUAUUUGUGUGAGGCAACCACUACAGCGAUAGGUGUAAAAAUUAGUUGAAAAACAGCAUUUAACAACAAAAACAACACUGAUAACAUCCAGUUAGAACGAGCAAAUAAAGUGCGUCAAGGACAUUGACAAAGCCGAGCCGAAACAAUGAGGAUACGAAAACGAGUGUCUGCGAUACGAAGUUGAUAACGGAGGAUAGAGAGAACGUCAAAGCGAAAGCCAGCAACGAACUUUUGUAUUUUUCCUCUCCGAAGCGAGGAUAAAUCAGUUUGCUUUGCAACAAUUGCGAUUUCGUUGUUAAUCUUCUCUUUCGCUCUAUUACGUUCGAGAGGCAAUAGAGAAGGCCAAGGGAAGGAAGAAAAACUCAAAAUAUUAAAAGUCUGCCGUCGAUGCGCUUGAAGGAAAAUAUGCCCUGUUGCUGGAUCUUUUGGUAUGCAAAAGUCACAUAUGUGUACACACACACUUAUGUCAAUAUACUCACAUAAACCCAUUUGUAUGUACGCAUAUAACGACUAUUGCCUACUUCUCGGCUCUGCAUCGCUACUAAUUCCAAUAAAAUCAAGUCACCCGACAGCAACAGCAACGAGGAUAUAAAAAUAAAUGUGAGAAAAGUGACAGCAGCAACUAGAAAUAAACGAAAUAAAAGGAAAGCCCGCCCAAACAAAACACUCAGCAAAAACAAGAAAGAGGAAGCAAAUUCUUUCCACCAACAAAGCCAACCGAGGGACGUUUCAUUCCCCAACAAUCAUAGAAUUCACCUUAAAAUGCUUUGAGGAUCAAGCAGGUAUUAUUAUCGAUUACAGCGGCAAAGACACAAAUGUGUGGAAGGAGUGGCAGUAGUGGAAGAAAGACACCACAGUAAUAACCGUAACAACAGCGACAACCACACAAAAUUACUUAUACAACAACGAUUUAGGAUUGUCUUUAUAUUUAUAUUUAUAUUCGUGUGCAUAUGUGUUUGAUUGUAUGAGAAACACACUCUUAGUCAUAUUGUCUCAGUUACAAACUAGCAAGAGCUGAGGAACACACGCUUUCAGGACCACUAGUACCACUCCACCAAUCUACAAAUAGAAAUUUCACAAAAUGGCACGUCGCAAAGGAAGCGGAAGAGGAAAAACAAUAGUGAAUUCACGCAAGUCAGCGUUGGAGAAUGCACGUGAAAGGCUCAAAGAUGAUCCCGGUGGUACAACAACGCAAUCACGUCAAUCGCAACAACAACAACAAAAAAAUCACAUCAACAGCAAUAUGGAAGCUGCCUCAACCACAACAACAACAAAGCACUAUAACAAAUCAGCAAAAUUACAAAAUAAUCAUCAUCGUUCUGCGGAACGACGCGGCUCAUACCGCACGCACAGCGACGGCGCCGAAAGUCAUGCAGGCGGUGACAACAUCAAAGUACAGAAACAGACAGCCAAACAGGCGAAAGCGGCAAUAGCUGCGGCUCAACGUGUCGCGGCAACGGCUGCAAACUCCGUAGAAAACAGCAAAGGGACGACUGCUGUUGGCUCUAUUAAAGAUCCGCUAGCUAUAGGUGCUGACACUGGCAGUAGGGGGGCUGGCAGCCGAGCAAAGGACGCUAAAGGAGAACAAAAGACUGUGGGAAAAUCACUGGAAACGACCGCAGCAAAUGCCAAUAACAACAGCAACAGUAACAACGCCGCGGGUAGCAGUAGCAACAGCAAACAGAGUGAUAAUAGUAAUAGUAGUUCAAGUAGAAAUAAUCUUAGUACAUUAAGUCGGAGCGACAAGUCGCAUCAGCAGCAACCGGAGCAGCAGGAUGCCAGCAACAAUAGUGGUGAUAAGAAAACCUCAACAGCAACAAUUGCUACCAACAAGCCCUCGGAGAGUGCAAUGGAUGCGGCGCCUUCAGCUGCGCCAACAGCAGAUACUAAUUCCUGGAAUAAUGCUCGGUAUUUACAUAAGAAAUUCAAACGCCUCGCGAGCACGACAGAUGUGGACAGCCUCGUGGCGGCGGAGAGUCAGAGUUUGAAUGCGGCAGGAAGUAGUGCUAGCAGUGAGGCUGGCAGUGAGAGGGCGCAAAUUCGUACCACCUCAUUAUCCUCAUCAUCAUCAUCCGCUUCGACGAGCUCCAUCUCGCCCCCACCAGCAACGACGCCGAGCGCCGCGUCUGCCGCAACCAAUAAUGAGCAAAUAACCUUCGCCAAAACGCUGGCAAACGGCGAAACGCAUACGAGCCCCAUAGCUACGAAUAUUGUAAAAUAUACCGGUGCACUUGCAGACAUAAGCGGGAAACUUGAAAUCAAAAGCUAUAAUAACGACACCUCAGCGCAGCAAUUGGACAUGGAGCAGCUGCCUCAAACGAUGUUGCAACUUUUAGAGACUCAACAUAGCCAAAGUGGAGUCAACAGUAACAACAGCACUCUUCCCAGCACGGUGGCUGCCAACACUGGGCGCUAUGUGUGUCCCUAUUGUAACCUUAAUUGUACAAAGCCCUCAGUGUUGCAGAAACACAUACGCGCGCAUACCAACGAGCGACCUUACCCAUGCGACAUUUGCGGCAUAGCAUUCAAAACGAACAGCAAUUAUUACAAACAUUGCCGAUCGCGUUCACACGCCGCACGCAAACGGGGUAUUGAAGUACCCAUUAGCGCCGAGGAUGGGCUAUUCGGUGGCUCCGAUCAAGAGGGUGAUCCGGAGUUGAGCAAUAGCAGUUCAGAUGUGCAGAUAAGUCGCACCGCUUCGCCACUUGAGGAGAUGAGUAACGCCAUCUCACCUGCGGCAUUGAGCGCAAACGCGCCGGCAAACAGCAUCAAUACACAACAGCUGCAGAAUAUCCAACAGCAGAAGCAGCAUCAAGUCAGCGCUAGACAAUCGCCACAUCUCGCGUUGCCCUCCACACUUUCGCCUUCUUCUCUGUCAUCAACAAAAAGCGCUUACCUGCAACAACCCUCGCCACAACAAACACAACAAUAUCCGCUCGGCUCGCCUGCUGCCGGAACCCUGCCACCGCCACCUUCAGCGAACACGUCCAUCGCCGCAACCACAAUUACGGCCGUUGCGACCCCAACCAAAGAGACAGGCUCUACCACCGAGCAUAAACCGUACAAACCGAAAUUCCACAAUGCUGCUUUAUACGCUUCGAUAAAAGAGGCAGCAGCGAAGGCUGCCAAUGCUGGUGUGGUUCCUCCUCCAGGCCUGCUCCAGCCAUUGUCGCUCCAGCAUCAGCCCCUACCUCAUCAGCAGUUGGCCCAAGCUACGUCGACAAAUAGUAUACCUACGCCCCCGGCGGUGCAUUUGACGACCAUAAUACCACAAGGCCAAACUCCGUUGACUCCACCACCACCAACAACCGCGCAUCACCCGUCACUCUCGCCCAGUACACAAGUGAAAUUGAACAACCAUAUUAAUACCCAUCAACUGCAACUGCAGAUGCAGCAACAACACCAACAACAACUGCCACAAGCACUACAUGUGCUGCAGCCGCUCAAUGCCGGCAUUCCGUUACACCACGUUGCGGCAUUGCCGCCUAAAAACGCUGUUCAACGCCCCGAUAUGAUAAACGCGGUGGCGGUGGCGGCAGCUGCCGCGGCUAACAUGGGCUAUAUGCCCGCGGCACGUGUGCUCUAUCCAGGCUGCAUCGAUUUUCCACCUGACGCUUUGCACAUGAUGAUGCCAGAUAGUAGGCAGAAGCUACACUAUCCGUACAAGUGGCUAGAACAAGAGUUGCAGCAACACUUCCACAAAGUAACGCAGCAGCAGCAACAGCAAUUGCAGCAUGUACCCCCAACGCACGCUCCACCCACGCCCCCUACAGUGGUCAAAUCGAAUGUCACGCAAACCGUGCAUAACCGAGCGCCCAGUGGUCCACAGGCCCAGCUCGCAGGCUCGGCCCUCAUGACGGGCAUGCAACAAAUGCCUGUAGGAGGAACAGUUCUGCCGCCAACUCAGCAGACCCCGUUGUCAUACCUCACCAACACCAGCACAACCUCUGCCGUCGGUGUGGUGAGUACUGCCAGCAGCAACACCACACCCACAAUAAGCCCCGGCCUCUUACACAGCAAUAUCUCCAAUGCCGUACAGGAGCACAUUACCAAGCUGAUCUCACAAAAUGAAGCGAUUGUAGAAAAUAAAGCGGUACUUUUGCAAAAAAAAUAUCCAAAGGGUCUUAGCCGCUCUCGUAGCUUCAACAAUAACGGUGGUGGGCCAAACCUUAGCGGCUCUACAGCUGGCUCAACGUCUAAUACCGGCAACAGCAUUGGUUUGGUCACCACCACCUCAGCGGGGGGAAGCGAGAGUGCCACCAAUGCAAAACUCGCACAAGCCAUCGUCCAAAAGCAGCAACAACAACAGUUGCAGCAACAACAACAGUUGCAGCAACAGCAACAGCUGCAGCAGCAACAACACUAUCAACAGCAAUUUCAGCAGCAGCUGUUGGUGGGCACGCAAGCAAUGCAAAUGCCGCCGCCAGCCAAGCAACAACAACAACAUCUCGCACAACUUCGUAUGGAAGAGCAAGUGCAACUGCAUCAUCAGCAACAACAGCCGAUGCCUCAACAACAACAUUUGCAGCCUAACGGCAUAUCCAAGCAUAUGACGUCAGCUUCUGUAAUAACAAAACCUAGCAACACAUCAUCGGUUCCACCCCAACACUUACAACCACCGCAUCAUCAUCAACAGCAUUCGAUGCAAACUUCUUAUCGACAGCAGCAACAGUCAGUGAUUGGAUCAGCAGGCAUACCAUCACAAGAUACGCGGCGCCCGACUCCACCGCCCUCAACUGCACAGCAAACCACUUUCGCCAUGCAACAGGUGAACACAUUGCCCACUUCGAUUGCAAAUAUGAAUGCGCCAUUAAAUCUUUCCGCGAAACCAAAUGCUCGUCAAGAGGAGCAAACCGAAACCAUUCCAGCCAGCACCCCGAGCAGCAUGCCGCAUAAGCGCCAAUCCAUCGAAACCCAAAUAUCCAAUUCCAGUAAUGAUGGCAUGACAAGCAGUUCGAUGGCGGCCAUAUCUGCAACAACCAGUAGCGGCUCAACAAAUACUAAGCAACCAACGAACGUCUCCAUUAUUAAAAACCUGUUGCUGAACGCACGCGGCUUAGCCGUGCCAACUGGAGAGGGUGAGGACGCUGUUUAUAAUUGCCCUCUCUGUUCGAAUACGUUCCGCACAGCAGAGGAUCUACAGCUGCAUAAUAGUACUUACUGCCAGGGUGCAAGUAGCGCGCCUAUAAGCCCGGUAGGAUCGCCCUCAUAUCGCUACUUUCGCUCUAACUCAAUGACUUUAAAUUUGCCCGAACUGAAGAACACCAUCUUCCGUUCUCGUGAUCCGUUACCACUCGCCAAAUUGGCCUGGUAUCAGCUACGCACGAAGCCCAGUUCCUUGGUUCUGAGUCGUCUCAGCGCCUCGCAAGCGGGCAGUUCUAAGGCCACUACAACCACGACCACUUCAGCUACAUCCACAGCGCCGACUAGCUCUACGAGCAGUAGUAGCGUUGCCAGCUGCGUCGCUUCACCGAGAUGUACACCACCCAGCGGACUACCCAGUGCUCUCGCAUUACCCGAUCCGAACAUUGUGCGCUUAAUCGAUGCACCACUUCCAUCACCCGGGCCACUUUUGGGAAAAACACCACUUGUCGACUUUGGUAACACCAGUGAUGCGCGAAAAUCGGAAGAUGUGAUCAUAACGAAAAUGCACGAAGAUCGUCAAUUUGAUUCACAUGUGCUGCCAGCGAAACGACCCAAAAUGGCAUUAGACAACGCUGAAUCCUUUCUUCUCGGAACAGCACCAGCCAGCAGUGGAAGUACAACAACUGCAGCGUCUAGCAAGCGCUUAAGUAUCAACACCAUCAGCGGCGGUGACAUGCAAUUGCUGUCGAACCCAGGUACCAGCGAUCUUGUCAAAAAGGAAGAACGCAUUCGUCGUUUCGCUUCUUCCGGAGGCUGUAUAAUACCGCUUUCCGAAUGCAGCGACGUCGAUAAGAGUCCGAAAAUGAUUCGUACGCCGCUAUUGUCAGGCGGUAGUUUUCAAGAGGUCUCACCCAAACCGAAGGACAAAGAGAACAAAAAUGUUAUCAGUGGCUUAACUUUCAGCAGUAGUUCGGCUUUCACACCAAAGCUAGGCUUGAACGGGCUCGGUUUGCCUUCAAAUGGACCCCCGAAUUUUCAGUUUUCUAUUAACCCGAUAACAGCAUUCAAUCCCCUAACACUGCCACCUCUGCAUAAUAUGUCCGGUGGCGGUGAGAAAAUUAUUCCACAUGUACCAGGUAUACCAGGUCCUAACAGUCUAACGCCACAAUUACCUCCUCCGCAACAUUUGCAGUUGCCGCAAGUUUCGUCCCAAAUAUUAUCGGGUGGGCGCACACUAAGCCCAAAUCGAAAAAAAACACAGAGUCCAAUGUUAUUAUCAAACAGUGCUAGCCCCAAGAGCAUGACUCUACUUCAACAGGAAAAUCUUAAGUCAUCAUCGCCAUUCCAAGGAAUACCUAAUGAGUUUGAACGAGGCUCAUCAGUAACAAGCAUUCGAUCGGCUAGAAACUCAACUCAAAAUAUUCCACCGAACUCUUCCACGAAAUCUGUCUAUAACAACGGCUUAGAAGUACCGAAAAAAACAUUCAAUUUCACACGUAUGGCUGACAAUGUAAGCCCCCGCAAAGCCAGCAACAUUAACGUGUUGAAGAGCUCGCCACCCGUGAAUGAAGUUCGCCAUUUCAAUUUCGACCAUUUGAGCAAGGACACCCAGAUUAACUCACCAGCAAGCUCAACACUCACACCUUUACAUGUCGACAUUACUUCUAACUCAGCGGGUACGUCUGCGAAUAGCAGUGGCCCAGAUCCCAACGAUGCCGAGACAAAGAAAAAUAAGUUUUUGCGACCAACUAGUCUACCACUGAAGCCAGGAACCUUCACCCCGAAGAGGCAUCAUGGCAUCACACCAACUGCCAAUACUUUACCACUGAUCUCACCAGAAACGCCACGUCCAUCGAAAUCGUGUGUUCAACUCUACCUAAACGGCCACGCCUAUACCUAUUUGGGUCUAAAAUGCAGCACGAAAAUGUUCUACUGCACGGUGAACUGCCCACAGGCGUCGUACGUUGCGGGCGCUCAAAAGCUCUCCAUGUACAGCGUGUGGAAGGUGUGCGCUGAAAAUAACCCACAUCCAUUGGGCUUCAAGCCUAAAUUGGUGAUGUCGUUAUAUGACUCGCGGCAGAAGACUUCCACCAGCACCAUGGCUGGCACAAAUAGGAUGCCCUAUACGCUGGUAGUCUCCCAACAUACCGUUAUGACGCCAUUUGAGAAUAAUCAAGGCCAAUACCAGCAUCAUCAAUUGAAACAAGUCGCUCUCAACACCAACACAACGGAGAGUGGUGAACAGCUGAAGAAAAGUAGCACAGAUAGUAGCGGGAGCGUGGAUGGUGGCGUCAAAAAGGAGCCAGCAAGUGGUCAAAUGUUAGUAGGCGGCUAUGAGUCACACGAAGACUACACUUACAUACGUGGCCGCGGUCGAGGGCGUUACGUAUGCUCAGAGUGCGGUAUCAGGUGUAAGAAACCCUCAAUGCUGAAAAAACACAUACGCACACACACUGACGUGCGGCCCUACACAUGCAAACACUGUAAUUUUAGCUUCAAAACCAAGGGAAAUCUCACUAAGCACAUGCAGUCUAAAACGCAUUUCAAAAAAUGUCUGGAGCUCGGUAUCAACCCCGGUCCCAUGCCAGCCGAUGGGGAGUUUCUGGAACCAGAACCGGAAUUCGAUCAACAAUCAACCACUUCGGCUGGUGGACGCACAUCGUCCAUUCCAGGGGAAUCGGACUCAGAUGAUUAUAGUGACAACGAGUCCGAAAGCAGUGAUACUGACGAGUCGAAGUCGCGUCUGCUAGAACAUGAGGCUGCACGUUGUCUACUCUCACUCUCGAUGACACCACCCAUAGGUCAAAGUAUUUCACCACAUCCAAAAUGUGAACCAAAUCCAUAUCAGCAAAACGAAGCAACUGCAAUUUCCUUCGUAGGACACCCCAACGUGGUGCCAGCAACCACCACCAGCAGCAUCCAUCCCACCGGUAUUAAACGAGUCAUAUCAUUUAGUUCACCAAAACCACCCUUCGACUAUCAGAAACAAGAGCAAUACUACUCCAAUCCCGAAGAAUCGAAACCAAAACAUAACAACAACACCGCCUCAGCCAGUUACGAAAGCGCUCCAAUUGAUCUUACCAAACCACGAGUCGUACCAAAUGCUACGCUAACAGCCACAACAGCAGUAGUAACCGCGACUGAAAUGAUUGUAACCAGCGCGUCAGCAGUCGCAGAAUUUAGCCUAAAGAACUCGGUGUCACUCCCCAGUCCACCUGUACAGACACAAGCCCAAAUACGAGACGUUAUCUUCGGUAGUAGCAGCAACGAAUCUGGCUUCCUCAAAACGCUUAUCUCUGUGUCGGACAAAGUACGCAGCUCGACUGAGAUGUUAGAGAACUACAAGAACAGUGAUGAGCUCUCUCAAGCAUAUCAAUACCACAAAGCUUUCCAAUAUCAUAAGAUCAAGCAAAUCCAAAUGAACCAAAGCUUCCCGGAUGCAAUCAAUGUGAGUGCCAUUAACCAGAGUUUUGUCAGCACACCUGCCAUGGCUACAGUGAGUGUGGCAAAUGCUGGGCUUGGCUCAGCCCUGGCAACAGCAGCAAGUGCCAAUAAUGGCAUUAGAAUCUCUGCUAGCAUAGCGUCUACAGCGGUGUUAACAAGUGAAAGUACAGAAACAACCGCUAGCCCCAUAAACUUGAACACGGCAAAUAGUAUUGGUUACAAGCCUUUGGAUAGUGCAUCCAACGAGACGCAAGAGAAGAGUACCACCGCUGUGUCGAUACCGACAAUCGAAGUUAGUAAGGUACCAACUGAGGAUUCGAAGAAUGUCCAGGAUGUGACGACAAUACCGAGCAGCACUAAAGCCAACGCGCCCAUCAGUGUCAGCGCUAGCAAAAAUUCGUCGAGUACCAAAUCUACAAGCGUUACGGUCUCUUCUAAAUCAUCCGAUGAAGGCGAAGACAGUGAAUGUAUUUCGGAUCAAGAGCAAACAACGGCAGCUAAACGCAGCCGCAGUAUUAGUAACUCUACAUCUACCAACAACAGCGCAAACGCUGAGUCGCAUAAUGCCAAACUGCCUGCAGUGGUUGCUCAACCCGGCACCACCGAAUUCACAGGCGUCCUCUCUGCACCCGGACGUACGGUGGUUGUGGGUGAAGAUGGACUAAAGAAUUCUAGUAAUAAAGAGAUACAACCUGUAUAUCCACGAGGACGCAUAUCGCCCGAUGGACGCCCUGUGUGCAAAGUUUGCACCAAAACCUUUCAGACGCAGGGUCAGUUGUCGCUACACAUGAAUAUUCAUUAUAUGGAGCGUAAGUUCCGCUGUGAACCGUGUGGGGUAUCCUUUCGUACGCAAGGUCAUCUGCAAAAACAUGAACGUGCCGAGGCGCAUAAGAAUAAGGUAAUGAUGACGUCCACAUUUGGUGUACCGACGACUUCCAAUCCACGUCCAUUUGAAUGCACCGAUUGUAAAAUUGCCUUUCGCAUACAUGGGCACCUUGCUAAACACUUGCGAUCGAAAACACACGUACAAAAAUUGGAAUGUUUACAAAAGUUACCAUUCGGGACUUAUGCCGAAAUCGAACGCGCUGGCAUCAGUCUAACCGAAAUCGACACAAGCGAUUGUGAGAACUCACUCAUCUCACUGAAAACUUUAGCACAGAAGUUGAUUGAGAAGGACCCAAACAAAUUGGGCAGUUACACCACACCUUCGGGCAUGAGUGCGGUUAGCAGUAGUGGAAGUGGCGGAUUGGUCGAGUCAUCACCGCCGAACACUAAUCACAAUGCCAUCGUUUCGCAAGACAGCGCUUCCGAAGACGGCUUUAGCGCAGCAACGAUCGCGGCUGCCACCGCCAUCGCCUCACUCGAUAAUGACAGCGCAACAAACACGCCAAAACGCGCCAAUUCCACAUCGGAAGAUGAAGCAAUCGCUAAUGGUUUGAAUAAUAGUCUGAAACGUCGCCUGCCAGGCAAUUUUAGUAACGGCGAAGAAAGUGAUAAUCCCACUGAGGGCACAAACAGUGAAAAACGUGCGCGCAUUUCUUCACUCUCCAGCAUUGGAACUUCCAGCGCUAUGGCAGCCGUUGGCUCACCCGCGUCCAUUACCUCCUCGACUGCGUCGUCGAAUAACUGACAUUAUGCCUAUGCGCCACCAAGCGGAUGAAUAAGAAAUGCGUCUCCAAUGCACGAGACACCGGCACGAGCGCAACAACAGCCACACAUACAGCAGCUACAAAGGUCACACGUAGGGCAUUGGCAGACGCCCAAUCUGCCGUAUAAUAAAUACCGAGGCAAUAAUAGCGGGCCUUGGUGCAGUGGUGGCUUGGAGCAAAGGCAAUGUCAUUUACUGUUGCAAUAUCCAUCGCGAAAAUCAAUGGAAAGACAGUUUGCGAUGUCUCAGCUCACGCAGCGGAAGUUCUAGCGGAAGCUGGUCCGUUCUUUCGACAGAUGAACAAAGUAUUUAGAUAUUAUAGAUAAUAUGAUUUUAUAAAAAGUAGUCCCGGCAGCUGUGCUCAUUUGGAAUAUAAGGACAGCAAACUAUUUUUGAACAAGAAACACACCCCAAAACAGCGCAUAUCCCGUAUUACAUAUCGUAUGAAUAUGAACAGUUAAAAUAGUAUUAUAUUUACUUUUAUGACUAAAAUCUUUUUUUUUCAAAUCUGUAAAUUCUUAACUUACAUUAUUAUAUAUAACAUUAUGUAAAACACAAUUUGAAAUUUCCAAAACAAAAAUACAUUUGAGCACAACUGUCGCUACUUUUUUCUAAGCA